AUGAAGUCGCUUUUUGCCAUGGUGCCCUUGGUGCCCUUCUUGCUUGGCGUGACCCUGGCAGCCGAAGAGAGCUGCGACAGGGGCGACAAGCCAGCACGUGCGCCUGCACUGUUGCAGCACACGCGCGAUGGCACCCGUCAUGGAGGCGCAGAUCCGCAGGGCAGGGGGGUGGACGUUGAAGAAAACGAGCCCGUGGUCCGGCAAGAAGGAGGACAAGAGCUCGUGCAGGACGAAACAGCUGACGAAGCCGCUGACGGCGACACCGUUGGCAGUCGACGUCGCCGUCGCCGACAGACUCAGAAACUCGACAAGAAGUGCUGGUACCAGAUGUGGACGAGCCCAGUGUACGAGGGUUCGUGGAUGAACUGGGCCUUGGACGAUGGCGAAUGUGACGACCUGACAGCUUUCAGAGGUGGAGUCUACAGCGACAACUUUGCCUCGGGCUUGCAGGGCGCCUCUCCCGGGUGCAAGAUCACGUACCAUGAUGCCGCAGACUGCUCUGGCUCGGCCUUGCUCACCGUUGACGCGACGGGAAGCGACGUGGCAGUGACCAAGAACUACAACAACUUCGACGAAGACAGUGACAAGAUCUCCAGCAUCUAUUGCUCGUGCUGA